AUGAGCAUCACGGAGCCAGAUGUCCAAACCGACAAGGACGCGCUACUAGCCAACCUUUUGGAAGGUGUGGCCGAGAAUGCUCUCGACAACUUCAAAGAAGGAGCGCUGGGGCUCCUGUGGAAGAUGUGUGACCCGGCCCUCAAGGAUUUGACAGGUGUCCAAACCGACAAGGACGCGCUACUAGCCAACCUUUUGGAAGGUGUGGCCAAAAAUGCUCUCGACCACUUCGAAAAAGGAGCGCUGGGACUCCUGGUGAAGAUGUGUGGCCCGGCCCUCAAGGAUUUGGACAAGGAACAAGCAAGUACGAUUCUCUCUUGUGCUGUGAAGUACGGAUAUAAGUACGGAUAUGAGGACGAGUUCGUAGACUUCGUAGACUACGAUGAAAACCAUCCAAAGCAUUACGAUGAGGACAUUUUGGCCUUGGCCUUGGCCCUCCCUCGAGGCUACAGUAUUUCUCGGGGCUGCUGGAAAGCCUUGAUGAAUCCAAUCUACUCCCAGGACUUUGUGCAAGAGUUGAUGGACACUGUAGGCGCCAUCGAGUCGGACUCCCAAACCCCAUUGUACGUGACGACGCUCGCGCCGUAUGGCAAGGACGAGCACAGGGAAAUUGAAUUCGUCGGGAAAACUCGCCUUGCUAUGGCCAAGGCGACGGCCAUCCGCUUCAAUAUAGACCUCUGGAGACUGGAUUCAUUUGUGGGCUUGCUCGCUCAUCUUCUGCGGGACAACACACAAAAUCGGAGCGUGAAAUGUCUCCACAUUACGGAUGACGAUUGCGCUCCUGGAUUGGAUGCGAUCAGCCACGCAGAUGAUCAAGGCGAAGAACAGGGUGAUGAGCCUAAAGCCGUGGCCGCUGCUUUGAAAGAAGUAAUUGGAGAAGACUUCAAUCCACACAUUGAAGCAUUGUUUUGUACCACGGCAUGGCACUGCUAUGUUCUGCCCCUAAUCCCCAUCUUUACAGAAAAGAUGCCGAACCUCAAGACAAUCCACAUUGCUGGGUGUGCGCUUUCGGAAAUCAUGCCUUCCCUGAAGGAGGUCAUCUCAAAGGGCGUAUUGGAGGAGCUCUCGAUUGACGAAUGGGAGGGCAAGGCCAACCUGUAUGACAUUCUUGACGCUCUUGAAAAGGACGGCAUGGGGAAACUUGCAAAAAUUUGCUUCGUCUGGAAGAGUGACAUUGAGAUGAGCUUGAGGGUCCGUCGGAGUCCAGCCUCAGUCAGAGCAUUUCAGAAAUUGCAAGAACGAGUUCAGAAAGAACUUGAGCAGUAUGCAAAGCAACUUGUCUGCAUUCUGGAAACGAAUACAGUUUUGACGUCGCUUACGUUGCAAUACAAUUUCCGCGAUGGUCCUGACAAGGACCGGGACGUCUUUGACGUGGUGGAAGUAGAUCGGAAUGGUGAGGAGAUUCGCCUGGGCCGCACCAUCCAACUCCAGCUAGCGCUCAAUCGAUGUGGCCGUGGGGUGAUCUUGCACGGGGGAUCUUCCCUGGAAGAUCUUUUGUUGGCCCUCUCGAAUGUGGAAACGGAUGAGUGGCUGGGACCAUUUUUGCGGAAAGAGUCCUCUUCGCGACGCUCCGUCGUCUCGCGAAGCCAGUACCGAAACAAGCCCGUCUACGCCGUCGUCGAAGACAAAGUCGAACCCCUGGAGGAGACGGAGAAGGCUCUCCGAAUCAUCGAUCUGACAUUCUCAUUUCUUCGUGCCAAGCCAGAUCUGUGGGUAUGGCAUGCUGUUGCACAGAAUAAUUGGUCCAGCCAAUGCGCCACAGGAGUCGAGUCGAGUCAAGUCGCUCCAGAAUGGUAG